UUUGCGAUAUACCGUUUACGUAGGGAAUGCUUCGCAAAAUCGAGCUCUCCAGAAUUGCGGCGUUUUUACUUUCUGUGACUAGCGAAGUACCUUCUAUCUUCCCGUUCUUAUGCAGUUUCUAAUGCCAGUGUGAAGACCAUCUGGAUUUUUUCAGUAUUUGAGCGAGUCUUUGAAGUAAAUUCGCAUCGUGAGUGGAAGUUCUUGUGUUAUUCUGUUUGUUGUUCCGGAGCCAUCAUGGUGCGGAUGAAUGUGCUUGCAGACGCGUUAAACGCGAUCAACAAUGCCGAAAAGCGAGGAAAGCGUCAGGUUUUGAUCCGACCUGCGUCCAAAGUGAUCGUGAAAUUCCUGACCGUCAUGAUGAAGCAUGGUUACAUUGGAGAAUUUGAAAUUAUUGAUGAUCACCGAGCUGGAAAGAUCGUUGUGAACCUCAAUGGCAGACUGAACAAAUGUGGCGUGAUUUCUCCACGUUUUGACCUAGCCAUAAGGGAUUACGACCGCUGGUUAGGUCGAUUGCUACCUUCGCGUCAGUUCGGAUAUGUUGUUUUGACAACCAGCAGCGGCAUUAUGGACCACGAAGAAGCAAGGAGAAAACACGUCGGAGGAAAGAUUUUAGGAUUUUUCUUUUGAGUCUGGACUAUGAAUGGUACUGGCGGAACUGCAAACAUCUUAUGUUUAUACGGCGGGAAAAAAACAGAUUAAAAAGAUGCGGAUACUG